UGGGAGAGGUAAGAGGAGUUAAAAUUAUUAUUAGCUUCAAAGACAGACAUUGACAACGCAGCAUCUCAUUUUGUUUUGUCAAUUUGGGUCUUUCUCUCUCUCUCUUUUUCUUAUUCUCUCUCCUCCCUCAUGAUCUAUCCAUCUCCUUAAUUUUCUUUAGCUCCAUUUCUCUUGUGUUUUUUUUUUUAUCUUUUAUUUAGUUUUAGAAUUUUCGACAUCUUCCAAGCACCCGUUCCUCAUUCUCUCUCUCUCUCUAUCUCUCUCUCCGCCUCUCUGGAUUUCUUUGGCGUCCGAGCUUCAGCUUUCCAGUUGUCCCACCCCCUCCUCGGCUGCCCCUUCUUUUUUUUUUUUUUUUUUUUCACCUUCGCACCCUUGCUCAGAUUUCUUUUCCGAUAUCUCUCUCUUUCUUUCUCUCACUGGGGAUGGGGGAAGAGAGACGUUGAGUAUCUUUUUUUUUUUCUUCGUAAAAAGAGUGUGGACAACGUAGGUAAAAAAAGGGGGGAGUGGGGAGAAGUGGGGGGAGAGAGAGAUAUGCAGCAGGGAGGAUCUCCGUACCAAGUGACGCCGGAGGUGACGCAGUAUGGGGGAGGAGCCGCCGGAGGGAGUGGGGGAGGGGGAAGGGGACACAUGAUCGGAAUUUCAGGUGGCCACGACCUUCCGGCUGCUCACCAUGCACAGACAGACCCGCUGUUGCAGCAGAAGCAAGGGGAACCCAUGGCGGAGGCGGCAUCCCCCAUCAGCUCGCGGCCUCCUGCCGCGCGGCCGUCAAAUUUCGAAGAAUUGGAGCCGGUGGCAUCUGGGGGGUUCGCGGACGAGGAGGCGUUGGCUGGGGAGGAGGCCGAGAGGGGGCCUCCCGGGAACCGGUGGCCGCGGCAGGAGACGCUUGCCCUCCUCAAAAUCCGGUCGGAGAUGGACGCCGUCUUCCGAGAGGCCACCCUCAAGGGCCCCCUUUGGGAGGAUGUUUCCAGGAAGCUAGCGGAAUUGGGGUACCACAGAAGUGCGAAGAAAUGCAAGGAGAAGUUUGAGAAUGUCCACAAGUACUAUAAGAGGACCAAGGAAGGGAGGGCCGGCAGGCAGGACGGGAAGAGCUACAGAUUCUUCUCGCAAUUGGAAGCACUCCACGGCAACCCCGGCGGUGCCAAUACCACGUCCACUGCCGCCACCGCUUCCGCGGCAGCCACCGCGACGACUUCGGCCAUGAUGAACACAAUUCAGACCACUACGGCUGGAGCAACAGGGGGCGCCGUCAGUGCUGCGAGGAUUCAGCCUCCCCCACGCAGCGUCACCCCUAUUGCUUCCAGCCAACCAAGGCGUCCCACACUGCCGGGACUGCAAGGCCUGCCCAGGGUCGCGGCUGACAUAAGCGGCGGCUUGAGCCUCUCUUCUGGAGGGUCCUCGACUUCCGGCGAGUCGUCGGAUGGGGCUGAGGAACAAGGUCACCGGAAAAGAAAACGGUCCUCCGAGUCGAGCACCCAAAAAAUGAUGGAUUUCUUUGAAGGGCUGAUGAAACAGGUGGUGGAGAAGCAAGUAGCACUGCAGCAAAAGUUCCUAGAGGCCAUCGAAAAGAGGGAGGAAGACAGGAUGAUACGAGAAGAAGCAUGGAAAAGGCAGGAGAUGGCUCGCCUGAGCCGGGAGCUCGAAUAUCUGGCUCAGGAGCGCGCAAUGUCGGCAUCGAGAGACGCCGCCUUGAUCGCCUUCCUUCAGAAGGUCACAGGACAAACCAUCCACCUCCCUCCUCCGCCGCAGCCGUCACCUCCGCAGUCGAUUGCACAGCCGACUUCCACCGCUCCUCCUUCCCUCGUCCAGCCUAUGUCACAGCAGCAUCAACCACCGCAAUUGAUAGAAACUAGGCCAAUGCCGACGACGACCAAUAUCGUCACUCAUGAUCAGGAACCGGCGCCGGCGCUAUUCGAACCGGCGAGCUCCCGGUGGCCAAAGGCGGAGGUGCUGGCACUCAUCAAUCUAAGAAGCGGUCUCGAACCGAAGUACCAAGAAGCCGGGCCAAAGGGACCGCUGUGGGAGGAAAUCUCUGCGGAGAUGGCGAAGAUGGGCUACAAGCGAAGCGCCAAGAGGUGCAAGGAAAAGUGGGAGAACAUCAACAAGUACUUCAAGAAAGUGAAAGAGAGCAACAAGAAGCGGCCGGAGGACGCCAAGACGUGCCCAUACUUCCACCAAUUGGACGCGCUCUAUCGAAAGAAGAUGCUCGGCGGGAGACCAACCAAGCCGGAAGAGGAAGCACCGGAACAAUCGGUUCUGCCGGAUCAGCCACAUAACUCGAGCGCCAUGGCUAUCAUGCCGACGCCGAUAUCGGCGGCACCGCCGGAGACAGAAUCCGGAGAUGGGGACAGCGAAGGGCCGGUGCACAAGGGCAACGGAGAAGGGGCGCAGUCGACGUCGGGCUUCUACACUAGCGUGGUCGACGAAGGCAACGGAAUGGGUGCGAAGAAGCCAGAAGACAUUGUGAGGGAGUUGCUGGAGCAGCGGCAGCAGCACCAGACGGUGGUGAUGGACGACUACGCCAAGAUGGCCGAUGCUGACAGCGAUGACGCGGAGCCGGAGGACGACGACGACGACGGAGAGAGGGGUGAGGAUGAGGACGACGACGAUGAAGGGUCUGAGGGACGGAUAGCCGCCUCCUACGAGGCUCGAUAUCGGAGGCAGAGCGGCCCAAGCUCAGCAGGCAAUUCUGGUUCCUUCAUCACCAUGAUUCAAUGACUAUCAUUCCUCUUCUUCUUCGCCGGCACCUCAUUGUUCAGUUUCAACACUUCUUUUCCCUUCUUUCCAGCUUCAUUCACCUCUUUGUUCUUGUUCUUCUAAGUUAUUAUUCCUUUUGGUUUUUUUUUUCUUCUCAUUUUCAUUUAAUUUGAAAAAGUGUACCAUAUGUACCAAUUCUGUGAGGACGAGCGCUUGACGAUCGUCCUCGUGAAUAACCCCCACACUGGCCAUUGUUCAUCUUCUCCCGGGAGUGUUUUUCCAUUCAUGGUCGCGGAAAGAAACGAAUGCUAUUUUAUUUAUUUGUUCAAUAAAGAGAUAUUGAGAAGAUCGACGGCGGGGAGGGAGAGAGAGAGGAAGAAACUUCAUGGGGAGGAGGCAUGACUCGAAGAAAGAAAAAGGGACCCCACGAAAGGAAACCGAUGAUGGUGCUGCCUUUUGCGGACACUGGAAUCUCCGGCCGUCGAACCGAGGAGAAGAUGAUGGACUUUGUGGCACGAAGGGGACGCCAUUUUGUUUCUCCAAUGGAAGAUGUUUGCUGUUUCUGAUUCUUUCGAUAGUCGAUGCUGUUAAUUCUAAGUGUAUCAUGUAUAGUUUCUCUGCUCAGAGAUCUGCUCUCUCUUCUCCCUUUCUUUUCUUCUUUUAUCAUUUUGUUCUCCUAGAGUGUUGUUUUACGGUCUAUUUUAUUGUCAUUGGAGGAAAUAAAACAUCCACAUCUGUCUCA